AUGUCCAGUUAUCGUCAAAUCACCGCUCUUACUGUAGUUUCUGCAUCACUCUUUUACCUUUGGUCUCGCUAUUGCAGAAAGAAAAAAAGCUCUCAAAAUUUACCUGAUCAGAAACCGAGUUGUGGCGGACCUUCAGCGUCUGCUGUAACUGAAGACAAGCAGAACCAAAUCGUUUUGACGGCCUCCACUGAAGUUGACGAAUCUGUUGCUCCGCUGGACGAACCACCUAUCGAAGCUGAUCUUACUAACGUAGUUCCUGAGGGAGCUUUUUUUCAAGAAGUAGCUGAGAGUAGCGAGAUUGUUGAAGAGGAGACUUUUAUUUCCACUCCACCUCACCCUGUUCAAAUUGAUUCCGUUGCUGAGGCGCACAAAAUCUCCGAAAGUUCCUCUGUUACUGUCAAAGACUGCUCCUCUAUAAUAGAGGUCAACGCCCUUACUGACACCCUUUCUUCAUCUAAACCAGAUUCCGCCACCUUGGCAAAAUCUCUUGAUAAGGAUUCUUAUGAAGACCCAGUGGAAUCUGUGAUCCCAGAAAUCACAUCUAUCCCCCAAGAUUUAGCUGAAUCUGCCGAUAUUGUUCAUGCUCUAGAAACUGCCUGCAUUGCAUUGGGGUCUCUUAAGGCAAAGGCACAGGAAGCAACGUCUGUUAUUGAAGGUUCAGCGAUAACUGUCCAAAACACUCAGGAAAAUAUUGCACAGACCACAUCUGUGGCUGAAUCGCAAGUUACACCUGUGAAACCGGUAGUCAUGGCGUGCCUUAAUACUAUCCAACGAGAAGUACCGCAACCUACGCUCGUUGUUGCCACCGAGGAUUUGAUUGAACCUGUUAAAAUUUCCGAAGUCAUCUGUGGCGCUCCAGUUUCUACUGAACCACAGAUCGCUACAAACACAGAAAUAGAAGUCAUGGGAUACCCUGAUGAUGCGCAGCAGGAGGUAUCAGGACUCAUAUCUGUUAUCCAGGAUUCGGUUGAAUCUGUGGAUAUUAUAAACUCUGCAUCUACUGCUCCUGUCUCCCAUGAACCUCAAAUUACAACUGCUACAGAAACGGAAACUGUAGCGUGCGCCAAUGAUGCUCAGUUUGUGAUAGAAUCUACAAAUGUGCAAGAUUCGGCUGAACCUGUCGACGUUGUAGAGGCUCUGCCUACUGUCUCCGCCGCUGCUGAAAUAUCAGUCGCUACUCCUACAGGGUCAGAAAGCAUAGAGGGCCUUGAUGUGAUUCAACGAGAAGCACCAGAGCUGACAAAUAUUGUUACCGAGGAUCUGGGUGAACCUGUCACAGCUGUUCAGGAAGAGGCUACCCCUUUUGCUCUCGUUUCCUCUGGACCACAAGUUACAACCACGCUCACAGCUUCAGGAGCUUUGAAGUACGUCGAUGGCGCCCAACAAGAGGUAUCAGAACUCACACCUCUUGAAUCGGUCUGUGUUGUUCAGGCAAAUUCUGCGUCACUUAUGACCGGUUCAGAUGUCGCAUCGGGAGUGGCAAAAUCUGCAGAGGUUUUAGGCGAAGCUGUUACCACUCUGCCAAACAGCAUUGGUGCUGUAUCCUCGGAAUCAGGUAGCUGUGAGAGCGUUGUGGUGACCAGUGAUUCGGAUCAAGCACAGGUAGCACCCGGAGAUAGUACAGUGAUCGAUGGCAAGUAUCAAGUGCCUCAGGUGCCUGCGGGCAUUUUUAAUGAUCCCGAACACGAUAUUGUGGAAGACUCACCCGAAAUCUUCGACGGUACGCUGAUUCCUCGAGUCCUGGUGCCUAGUGAUUUAUUGGCCAAGGCUGUUGACGAAAAAGUCUGGGUGGAGUCCAUUAACGUGCCUGCGUAUAUGGGUGGUGUGCUUAUUGGACGAUUCGGAAAGAAUGUCCGCGAACUGAGGGCUGACUUAAAAGCGGAGAUGACUUUGAGCAUGAAUCCUGGGUGCCAGAAUUCCCUUCUCCUGAAAAUCAGCUGUCCCCUGGAAAAUAAGGAUAGUGUUAAUGAGUGGGUCAAUAAGCGCCUCAACACAAAGCCCUCGCAAACAACAAUUGGGAAUCCUAAUCAAUUGCAGCGAUUACUUCCCCUCGGUCAGGUAACGGAUGUGAUGGUUCGCUCCCUCUAUGGUCAAAAGGAGUUUUUUGUGACCAUCCCGGACGCCGAAUACACUCGCUAUCUGGAAAUGCAGGAGGAAUUAGAUAAGGACUAUUACGCGUUGAAUACACCCCGAAUGCAGCUUUACGAGCCUGUCACUUCGGGUACAGUCGCAAUUUUAUCGCAUCGUCUCGGAUUUGCGCGUGUUGUCAUUCUUAAAGUCAUCGUUACAUGGCCGCGACUAGCUCUUUGCUUCAUGCUCGACUAUGGUGUAUUCUCUAUUGCCCCCAUAACAGAUUUGCGUAAGAUCAAGGCUAAGUACAUGCGAGUUCCGUUUCAAGCAAUUCAUGUUAGUUGGGCACAUGCGUUCCCAAUUUUUGAAGAUGUUCCCGCUCUGCAUAUAUUGCGAACGUUGUUUGGGGACAAGAAAGUGUCAGUUUUUCCUGUUCGGAUGGAAACUUGCUGCCGAUCCUCUGUUGUCUUUCUGGAACGACUUCCACCUCCCUCAGCAGAUGCCCAACCGGUUUAUUGUGAUGUUCUGCAUACGGCUUACCAGUAUCACCUCUUCAAUAUCGUGCCCGUAGUCAUCUCGCCCAGUCGACAAAUGUGGGUAAAUCGAACAGAUACUCCCUACUACGUAUGCCCCUACUCUACCAUUUCCUAUGACCAGUGUGUCCACUAUCUUCCUGAUGUCGAUGUUCAACAACCGCAGCAAGAGCAACUUCAGAUGGAGCAUCGUAAACAUCAACAGUCCAAUCAUCAGCAACAACAAAGAGGAGGUCCAAGCCAAGGGCAUAAUCGGACAAGGCGAUUCGGAAAUAACAACAGUGGUGGUGGGGGGUCAUAUAAAAGGCCGCAAAAUCUUCACCCUAACCCCCGGAACAGUCGUCGUUCUCGUAAAAACGGUUCCAACCACAAUAACGGUCAACAGCAACAUCAACAACAGAAAAAAAGGAAGGAGCCGACCGCAACUUCAGCAACGGCGAGGACUUGA